GUCGCUUUAAGUCUCUUUUCGCAAUAACGUUUCAGCUCAGCGAUCAGAGUCUUUAGAGAGAGAUUCUAGAGAUGUCUCUGAAGGCGUCGGGCUCCGGCAAAAACCUGAUGCUUCCAAUUUCGGAUCCUCCGAGGGACGAAGAUAGGGAGAGGCUCUUCCACAGAGAUGGCGAUGAUAAGCUCUUCAGAGGAUCCACCAUGACCAAGCGAGGAGCUUACGCUGCCAUCUCCUACAUGUCUUGCGCUGUGCUUUUGGUUAUGUUCAACAAAGCAGCUCUUUCUUCUUAUAACUUUCCCUGUGCAAAUGUCAUCACUCUCAUUCAGAUGAUAUGUUCAUGUUGUUUUCUUUAUAUAUUAAGACGCUCGAAGAUAAUUUCUUUCACGGUUGGCGAGUCUUUGGCAGUUCCUGAUAAUUCCUUGAUACUUGUGCCACUAAAGACUGUGAGGCAUACCCUUCCUCUUGCAGGAGCCUAUUUGCUUUACAUGCUAGCUACCAUGGAGUCUGUCCGUGGAGUAAACGUUCCCAUGUAUACCACCCUCAGGAGGACAACAGUGGUAUUUACUAUGAUAGUGGAGUACAUUUUGGCGGGACAAAGAUUUACAUCUUCUAUUGUAGGAAGUGUUGGAUUGAUCAUUCUUGGUGCAUUUAUUGCUGGAGCUCGGGACUUCUCAUUUGAUGCCUAUGGCUAUUCUGUUGUUUUCUUGUCGAACAUCACCACUGCAAUAUACCUUGCAACCAUAGCCCGUAUUGGGAAAUCCAGUGGUCUCAACAGUUUUGGCCUUAUGUGGUGUAAUGGAAUUAUUUGUGGACCAGUUUUGCUGUUAUGGACAUUUACUUGGGGUGAUUUGAAGGCAACUUUCAAUUUUCCUUUUCUUCUUUCUCCGGGUUUUAUGGCUGUGUUGCUUUGUUCCUGUAUUCUCGCUUUCUUCUUGAACUACAGUAUAUUUCUUAACACAACGCUAAAUUCAGCACUCACGCAGACAAUUUGUGGUAAUCUGAAGGAUUUUUUUACCAUUGGCCUUGGCUGGAUGCUAUUUGGCGGGCUUCCAUUUGACCUAUUUAACAUAAUUGGGCAAUUCCUCGGUUUCCUUGGCUCUGGGUUGUAUGCAUACUAUAAGCUCGUAGGGAAGUAAUUCUAAAGCUUGGAUAAUUAUUUCAAUUGGAGAUGAUCAACGGCUGACAUUGAUUAACUUCAUCUUCUGCUGGCGAUUAUCAUGGUUCUUGGCUUGUGGAAUAUGGAAGUUGAUAUUGAUGCCUUUACACACAGGAUAUUUCUGCCAAGUGAGAAGCCCCUGAUCCUGUUUCUCUAGGAAAAGACAGACUUAGUUUUAGAUUGGUGACUUUAGAAACCAAUACUGCAUAGAAGCAACUUUUUUUUUCCCCCACUCUCUCUCUUUAAUAUGUCGGUAUAGGAGACUCUGCUUGGCAAUGUUGUUUAGGAGGUUGUUUUCUAACCCCCGUGAGUCCUUUGACAUCAAAUGCUAAUAGUUAUCAAGAAACGAAUAGCAAUUAGAAUUGUUGAGUACGGUUGUUGUAAAAGUUACAUUCUCGAUACCAUAUUCUAAUUAAAUGAUAACCUACUGAUAAGUUUGAUUUGUUUAC